AUGACUCAACUAGCAAUUUCACCAUUUGUUAUUGUGGCAACCUUGGCAUUUACUGCACUUUUUAUCAGUCUUACUCUUUUACCUAUUCAUCUUCACGAGACACCUUACAACUAUACAGAAACAACUAUUGGUACGCUGUUCGUACCAGGCGGAAUAGGCAUGCUCAUUGGUAGUCUUAUCGGAGGAUGGCUUUCAGAUAAAGCUAUGAAAUAUUAUGGUGAUGUAAUUUGCCCUGAAGGAUGUCUUGUGCCAGGUCUGACUUUUCCCAUCCUUUCUUCUAUCGGAUUAAUCAUCUAUGGAUGGACAUUUCAUUAUCGACUUCAUGUUAUAGGACCCAUCAUUGGCCAGAUAUUGAUCGGUCUCGGCUAUUCGGUCCUGGCGCCAGGAGUCUCUGCCUAUUUGACGGUCAAGAAACAGGAGCAAGCAGCAACAGUAUCUUCUCUCAAUGGGUUCUUUGACUCUUUUUCAUCAAGUAUCUUUGUUACUGCUGCUGUACCUCUGGAGAAGGCGAUGAACACUGGAUAUUUAUUUUCUCUCAUAUGUGGUAUCAAUUUUGUUGCUAUUGUGCUAGUAAGUAUACUUGUGUACAAAGGAAUUCGACGAGCAAAACUUAGUGUCAUGCCAGAAAAUGGCAUUGGUUCUGGGUCGGAAAGUUGUCCAGAUCGUCCAAUAUCACCAUGA